ACAUCCCUGCCCGCACUGCGCAUGCUCCCUACAUCCUCACCUCCAUCCACACGUCGAGGGACUUGAAAAGCUUCAAUAAAGAUGCUCAACAUCUCGGGUCGCUGGAGCCUCGUCACCGGGUGAAACUGAGUUAUCUGGACGCACACACACCGAGGAGACGUGUACAUUUACCCGAAAGUCUCGCUGUAUCCUGGUUUCUGCGCGCGGGCACUCCACCGACAUGGAACUGAAGAAAUCUAUUUCGGACACCGAGCGCGCGCUCAGGAGCUACGGCGCCGUGUCAGAAACGGCAUGGACAACGGACAAAGGUCAUUCAGAUGUGUCCAUGGCCGAGAGCACCAUGGCUCCAGAGGAGAUCGAGGUGGAGAUGGCUCGUAUCCAGCGCCUGCGAGAGGUCCUGGUACGCCGGGAGUCGGAGCUGCGCUUCAUGAUGGAUGACAUUCAGCUCUGCAAAGACAUCAUGAGCUUAAAGCAGGAGCUGAGACAGAUUGUCGCAGUACCAGAGAAAGAAAAAACCAAGAAGCACAGGCAGCGGGAAGAGGAGCUGAUCCUGAAGAUCCAUAAGCUGGUGCAGAAGAGGGAUUUCCUGGUUGACGAUGCUGAGGUGGAGAGAUUAAGGGAGCGAGAGGAAGACAAGGAGAUGGCGGAGUUCCUCAGACUGAAGCUGAUGCCUCUGGAGAAGAAGCUCAAGGUCACACAAAGUCCGCCAAAGCCCAAGAGACAAAUCCUGGAGCCGCCUCCCAACAAACCAUCCAUCACCAAGUCAGGAGUGGCCAUCAUUAAGGAUUGCUGUGGAGCCACCCAAUGUGCUGUCAUGUAACUGACACAGAUCUCUCCAUGAGCCCUUCCUCCUGUCAGAAACAACACGCUCACGUCAUGUGACAUGCCAUACAUCACUUCCUGUGACUCAGAGAACCUCAGUUUGCUGCGUUUCCCCUCAAAACUGUGCAGGAAUCAGGUUUGUAAUUGAGUUACAGCCACAAAGAUUCAGCCCAGAGUUUUGGGAACUGGUCCCUAAUCAGUACUUGAGGGGAAGCGUACAGUAAGGAGCUUCUAUAAGUGAAGAUACUUGUCCAUGGUGAUUGAGGGAAAGGGAACUGUAAAUAUAAAAAAAAGUCUUAAAUGAGAAUCAGAUCGGGUCCUUCCAUCAUGUAACAUUCCUUUAAAUGACAAUAUGGUCUAUGAUCAUGUGGGUUGAUAAACAGUGCAAGCAUUUACAGAACUACAAGCACAAAGUGAAGUAUAAAUGCUGGGGUUCUCUGUCUGACAGGAAAAAACAUCGGUCAUCAUCCCGUCAUGUUUGAUAACGGGUAUUUAUUCUUCCAUUUCAACCCUUUAACACCAACCAGUGAACCUCUCAGCGUUUUUAUCAGUUUUCCCAGGUGGGAUGAACACAUGUAGUUCAGACAAACAAUAUGGCUGCCAAUGCUUUCAUACCGAAGCUGGGAAAUAUUUUUGACUCUGUGCUUUAGCUUGAACAGCAGUUACAUUCUCUAUCUGUGAUCCUGUAAUAUCUGCCGUACUGCAUAGAAAGCAUCGGCAUAGUGUGGUGUUCAGUGAAAGUUAACAAAAAUUACAAACCUCACACACAAAUACUUGAUAAAAACAGACUAAAAUUCCACCGCAGCGUUGCUACAAAGUUGGGUCAUAUUAGACUGAAUGCCAACAAAUAGCAUUUGUCUGCUUUAAAAGAUGUCUGGCAGUAGAUCUCAUCUCUCUCAUAUCAGCACUAACCUAAAUUUUCAAAAGAACAUGAAUAAUUAUCUAGUUUUGAUGAUACGGAAGCACCUGCAGUUGACACAGAUUUUUAUUUAUUGUCUCAUGUCCAAGGGAACAGCCUCAGCAGCAGGUGCUUCAUGUCCUUUAAAACUCCACCAUAGAGGAACAGUGGUAAUAAGACCAUAGGAAUAUACACUGUACAUACAGUAUACAGUGCUGUGAAAAAUAAAGUAUUCAGGUGUUUUAAAUGGAGUUUACUACCCGAGAUCUAGCAGUGUGAUGUAGAAACCUGAAGCCAGCUGUGCACAGACACUGAGACUUUACAGUGCAGCAGGAGACAUCUUGCGUCAAGCAGGAAAACUCCAGAAAUGAACAUUUGCAUAUUUAUAUAUUCUGGAAGUCUUAAUUAGAAGGAUUAAAAGCCUUUUAAGGGAUUUUUACUUUUUGUAGAAAGAAAAACAUCAGACAUUGUUUAAUUUAGACCAUUUGUAUGUCUUAAUACUUGUCUGGAGGGAUUCUCCGGGGGUAUUUUCAAACCCAAACCCGUCCUGUACAACAGUGUAUCAUAUCAGUAAAUUCACAUUAAGGAUAUUACAUUGAGAUCUGAUAAAGGUUUUGUAUGCUAAAAAUGCAGAAUCCUCCCACUUUAAUGUUAUAUAAAAUAUCUAGGAAAAUAUAAUCUGAAACUUAUAACUUUAAGACGUGUGACCAAACGUUUUCAUUCCACUCUAUAGCCACUAACUGGCAUACAGUCUCAUACGACCCACUUUUGUAACAGCGCAUCAGCAGGUGUUGUAGAGACCGGUCGUUAUUUUGGUCAACCCCUGUAUACUGUAUACACCAACACAAGUCAUUUUAUUCAACAUGGUAGGGUUUUAAUUUUUUUUUUUUAAUAUAUAAAUUGUCCACUAUGCUUGCUCAUUUCCCCAGAGUCCCAUCACUGGCCAUAUCGACGUCAACCUACCAGGAAUUCCUGAUACUGGUAGUGUGACAUCAUUCAGUUAGGAUAUUGCUGACAAGCAAACAACUUGCAUCCUCUGAUUUAGUCUUGCAUUUUUAUGAUAAACACCAGGAAAUGAAUGCAAUUCUCUUGUAAAUGCCUACAAUAGACGGUGUAUGUUUGAGUGUAUUUAGGACAUUAGUGACUCAUGUCAAGCAAAGUGUUGCUCUUUUGUCACUUCCCCUACCUUCUGAUAACAUAGCGUUCUGUAGUAGUAGUGAAUUUAUGAAGGUCCUAAUGUUGAAUAUUGAACAAAUAUGCAGAAAAUAAGCUGAAACUACCUGUACAUAUAUGUUUAAAUAAAGAGCAUCUUUCAGGA